AUGACGAAUGAGUUUGAAAUGAGUAUGGUAGGUGAGUUAACCUAUUUUCUAGGUUUGCAAGUCAAACAGUCAGAAGAUGGAACUUUUAUCUCUCAAAGUAAGUAUGCAAAAAAUCUGGUCAAGAAAUUUGGGAUGGAGUCUGCCAAACACGCCAAAACACCAAUGGGAACCAUAGUCAAACUAACCAAGGAUGAAAGUGGUGUUAAAGUUGAUCCAACCUUGUACAGAAGCAUGAUUGGAAGUCUUCUGUAUCUCACAGCCAGCUGUCCUGAUAUAAGCUACAGUGUGGGGGUAUGUGCUCGAUAUCAAGGAGAUCCUAUGGAAUCACAUGUGACAGCUGCAAAGCGAAUCAUCUGUUAUGUAAAUGGAAAUGCAGAUGACCGAAAGAGUACAAGUGGGGGAUGUUUUUAUCUGGGAAACAAUCUGUUUUUCUCUCAUUCUCGUGCAACAAUGGUGAGAACCAGAGGAAAUGGCUCUCGGUCUGUCAAGUCAGUGGCUGGUUCAUUGACUGCAUCUCCAUCCCUCACCAAGAAGAAAGCUCGGAAGAGUACUUUGUCUCAUCCCAUCCACAUUGAUGGUUCCAUCACCACGAGCAAAGCCGUGGUCAUUCCGGACCUUGAAGCCCCCAAAGUUCCGACUGAACUCCCUACAUCGGCGGCUCCGCUCGCCUCUAAGAAAAGCAAGGGUUGGUUCCAGGUCUCUUCUUUUCGAAAAUCUCCUUGUUCCAAAGGGACUGAUCCGUCUGAUUCCUCACCAAAGGCUUCAUCUCCCGUGGGUUCCACUCCUCGUUCCAAGUUUAGGUCAAAGGUAAAGAAAAUUCCUCCACCUUGUUCUUCUUCUGAAACUGACCCUUCUUCAUAUUGUGUUCCCUCUGAUGAAGAUCCCCUUGAAGACGACCCCUCUCUUGAGGAAAAUGUUGGCUUUGAAGACGAAUCUGACCCAUCAGAGGACCCUCCUGUUUCACCAAAGGGCAAGAAAUCAGUGAAAAUUCCUGAGAUUCGCACCAAGUCUCCUUUGGGUCCCAAAGUCUCUCUAGGUUCUUCCUUUAAGGCUCACUCUCUAAAUUUUUGUUUCAAUGACAAUGAGAAAAAUAUGAAGCACUAUGUGCAUCGUGAUUUUAUCUGUGAGAAAAAAAUUUCAUUCUCGGCCCAUAGAGUGUUUGGAGUCAUAAAAAAUGUUGAGGAUCGGGGGUGGUUAGGUUCUUUAACCGGGCUGGAUGGUUUUGUUCCUAGAGUUGUUCAAGAAUUCUAUGCCAAUCUCAAUGAUGAUUUGUUUGAUAGGAAGUAUUUUAUGUUUGGACAAGUUUAUGUCCGAGAGAAUCGGUAUUUGUUCAAUGCUGCUGAAAUUGCCAAGGUUCUUAAUUUGCCUCUUUCUGUUGAUAAUGUUGCCGUGGAGUUUAACAAAGAUAAGGUGCUUUUGGAGUUGGUGGGACAAAAUAUGGUUUGGGAACCUCACUCAGUUCUCAAAGUAACUGAUCUUACUUAUUACUAUGCUGUGCUUCACAAAUUUGCCACCUCCAAUUGGAUUCCCACUACUCAUACCUCCACCAUUACCUUUGACACGGCCUUCUUUCUGAACAAAGUCGGAACUGGUCUCCAAGUUGAUCUUGCCUCUCUCAUUUUUGAUCAGAUCACUGCCUUAGAAAAUGCCAAAAAAAAAGGUCAAUAUUUGGUGUUUCCCCAUUUGAUCUACAAGUUGCUUGAUUCUCAAAAGCAUCUUCUCUUGGAAUAUGAGAUCUUGACUCCUUCUAGUGCCGGAGCAAACUACAAACUCAAGAAGGAACCUUCAACUGUCAAAGCAACUAAAGGAAUUGCUCUCAAGACUGGCGAUGCUGAUUCUGUUGCUGCUGAACACGCUGGUGUCAAGGCCACCCUGGAAUCUGUUCAAACAGAAGUGAUCAGCCUCAAGAGUUAUCUCUCAACCAUGGUGUCUCGCUUUGCAGCCGAUCCUUCCAACUGA